AUGUCUGAGGAUGGUGAGAAGGACAGAAAGCAGCAGAUUCGGGAGAUCUACCGAUACGAUGAGAUGUCAAAUAAGGUUCUCAGGGUUGAUAAGAGACUGCAGACAAUCAAGAGUGAUCCACAACGAGAUGCGGAACUUUGCCAACCGAAAUCCAUGGAAGGAAGAAUCUCCGUGAAGGAGAUGGGGAUGAGUGCCCGGCGGGAAAUCGACAACGAAGAUAGAGAACAGGCGAGAAAGAGUUUAGAACGUGGACAGGCGAGAAGCAAGAAGACUUCUGAGAGGCCAGUGAGUUCAAUGAGAAGUGUCUUGGAUUAUGAUAAUUCUGCACUGAAGUAUUACCCGACGGAUCAGACGAAUAAGGCUCUAUAUGAAGAAAUAUUGAGAUGGAUAACGGAAGUAGUCGGCAUGGAUAUACCGCACGAUAUCAUUGCUAGCACAGCAGACCUGUUGAUAAGCGCUUUAAAGGAUGAUGAGGAUGAAGCUGACGGGGUUUUGGACAAAAAGAGGGUGUUUAUCGAGAAAGAACUUGAGCUGCCGAUUCAGCCUGCUAGAUUUAAGGAUUUGGUCCAACUAGUGAGACAAAUCACAGAUUACAAAGAUGGUUCUGUGGAGGAGGAUGAAAAAGCUGUACCCGUACUGCUUGAAGACGCACCCGAAGAGGGGUAUGCUGAAGAGGAAGAUAGUACGUUGCUGAAUGAGCUUGAGCAAGAAGAUGGAGAAGACGAGGUGUCUGAUUCUAUCAACCGCAAGAAGGCGGCUUUGGCAGAUGACGCGGGGCUUGGCUUAGCGCACGACGAGGAUAAAAUCUUCCUUGCUGGAAAGAAUCUGGAUAUCAUCGAAGAGGUAAGCAUAAAUGAAGUCGACGAGUUUUUCGUACGAAGAAGGCUGAAUGAAUCUAGGGUAGACCUCGAUGCAAGCUCCGUCCAACAUCUUUCGGAUCAAAUAUUGGAAGUACUCGAAAGGAAUGACAGUAAUUCGAAAAGCCUUGAGGUAGAACUCCUAAAUUUACUUGGAGCUGAACAACUUCAGUUCGUCAAAUAUAUCGUCAAAAAUUCCGACGCUCUUCUCUGGGGUAUUCGUUUAGCAAGAACAGAGGAAAGUUUAAGACCCAAGGUCCUUCAGGAUAUGCGACAAAAUGGCGUACGAGCUUUGGCCGACCAGUACGAUGAGGGAACGCGCCUGAAUAGCAAGAGAACGGCCGCAAAUGCCCUAGAUAGCAUAUCAACUAAAGAAGGAGAUGCCAAAAGGCUCCGAGCGAGUGAUCGAGGGCCAGUUCCACCUCUUCUGGAUCUUGAGAGUCUUGCGUUCAACGAAGGCGCUAAUUUGAUGACCGUAUCGAAAGUUUCGCUGCCGCAAGGCUCUUACAAAAAAGUCAAUCAGCACUACGAAGAGAUACACAUUCCUGCCCCAAAGAGGCCAGACAUUGAUUACCCGUUAAUACAAACAUCUUCCUUACCUGUCUGGGCUCGAAAUGCUUUUCCAGCAAGAGAGACCGAGAGUCUUAACCCCAUCCAGUCGAGAGUCUUCCCCGCUGCAUUUCACAACGACAUGAAUCUUCUUUUGUGCGCACCAACUGGUGCCGGUAAGACCAACGUUGCUAUGCUUUGCGUUCUCAGAGCAGUUUCCACUUUCAUUAACCCUGAUACGAAUAGCUUGCGGAGUAAGCAAUUCAAGAUAGUUUACUUAGCGCCUCUAAAGGCCUUAGUACAGGAACAGGUUAGAGAAUUCAGAAGGCGCUUAGCAUAUCUAGACAUCAAGGUGGAGGAACUGACUGGGGAUUCAGCGCUCAGCAGACAUCAGAUAGCUGAAACGCAAAUAUUAGUUUCAACACCUGAGAAAUGGGAUGUUAUAACCCGCAAAGCUGCUGAUACAUCAUCCUAUAUCAACCUCGUCAAUCUGUUGAUAAUCGAUGAGGUCCACCUUCUUCACGAUCAGAGAGGGCCCGUUUUAGAAUGCAUAGUGGCAAGAUCCUUACAGUCACCUGUUGCGAGACGAGCUCCAAGAAUUGUUGGACUUUCGGCUACACUUCCAAAUUAUCAGGAUGUUGCAAAGUUCUUACGCGUUCCGACUGACGGACUGUUUUAUUUUGACUCGUCAUUCAGACCUUGUCCUCUUAGUCAGCAGUUCUGUGGGAUCACGGAGAAGAAUUCAAUAAAAAGAUUGCACGCUGCAGAUGAGGCGUGCUACGAUAAGACGCUUGAGGCCGUCACCAAUGGUCACCAAGUUAUAAUUUUCGUUCAUUCUCGAAGAGAAACGGCAAGGUUAGCAAGACACCUUAUACAAAAGUUCCGUGAUCAAGGAAGUAUUGAAAGCUUACAGAAGGCAGAUCCAGCUUCAAAGCAGAUCUUGCAAACGGAAGCGGAGAAAAUUCAAAACCCUCAUUUGGCACAGACUUUGAAACAAGGUGUCGGAAUUCAUCACGCUGGUUUGUCCAGAGAAGAUCGAUCUCUUUCAGAGGACCUAUUUGCGGAUGGUCUCCUGCAGGUUCUGGUCUCUACAGCGACUCUGGCAUGGGGGGUCAAUCUUCCAGCUCACACUGUCAUCAUAAAAGGAACGGACGUUUACUCAGCGGAAAAAGGCAGGUGGGAUCGACUGCCUCCUCAAGAUCUGUUGCAAAUGUUGGGUAGAGCUGGGAGGCCAAGAUAUGAUACUCACGGGGAGGGAAUCGUUAUUACGAAUCAAACUGAUGUACAAUAUUUUCUAGCCAUCUUGAACCAACAAUUGCCGAUAGAAUCUCAGUUUGUAUCAAUGGCGGUGGACGCGCUGAAUGCUGAGGUAGUCUCUGGUAGUAUCAGAAGUAGGAAAGACGCUGUCAAUUGGUUGAGCUACACUUACCUAUAUGUGAGAGCUCUGGUUUCACCUCAGCUGUAUAACGUGACAGACAGCGAAGGUGAUGAUAGUUUGCUUCGAUUUCGAGAUUCUUUAGCCCACUCAGCUUUCAGCGUUCUUCAGGACGAGAAACUGAUAAGUUAUAAUGCCGAAGAGGGUACGGUGCAAUCCACAGAACUGGGCCGCAUAGCAUCUUACUUUUACGUCAAGCACAAAUCCAUGCAAACCUACAACCGAGGCCUAAAUGAGCGUUCAUCUCAGAUGGACCUUUUCAGGUUGAUUGCAAUGUCAGGUGAGUUUGAGUACCUAUCUGUCAGACCAGAAGAGAGAAAGGAGCUGAAGGAGCUUUUGGAAAGAGCUCCAGUCCCCGUUAAGGAAGAUGCCGACGACUGUUUGGCGAAAAUAAACAUUCUUCUUCAAAGUUACAUUUCUAGAAUGAAGUUCGAGGGUUUCGCUUUGAGUUCCGAUAUGACAUUUAUUAAGCAGAAUGCAGGCCGCAUAUCCAGAGCGCUUUUUGAAUUGUCCUUGAAGAAAGGCUACUCUCAAACCUCCAAAAGACUGCUAGAUAUUUGCAAAAUGAUUGAGCGCAGAGCGUGGGUUGCAAAUUCACCUUUGAGACAAAUCAAGGACUGUCCCAAAGAGCUGAUCAAGAAAACUGAGGCUUCCACUCUAUCUUGGCAGGAUUACAUGGAACUUGAAAGUCCAGCACAAGUAGGUCAGGCUGUGAGAUCGGAGAAAUACGGCAAAAUGGUGUACGAUUUACUGAGGAGGUUCCCCAAGCUAAUUCUAAAAUGUUCAAUUCAGCCGCUAACCGCUAGUCUACUUAGACUCGAAUUAGAGAUUCUUCCUGAUUGGAUAUGGGAAUCCAAGUUCCACGGUUUUGGCGAACAAUUCUUAGUCUUGGUUGAGGAUACGGAUGGCGAGAAGAUACUUUAUUCUGAUACCAUACUAAUAAAAAGAAAUGACUUGUAUGAGACACGAAUAUUAGAAAUCACCAUCCAACUCUCUGCAGCCCAGCAGAAAAGACUACCGCCAAACUUCUUCAUCUCUGCAAUCUCUGAGCGAUGGUUGAACUGUGAGACGCAGCUGGUAGUUGAUAUGCAGCAAGUACGACUGCCGAGAAAAUUUCCUGCUCCAACUCCACUUCUUGAUACGAAAUUAGUGCCAACAUCGGAAGUAAAUGUGGAAGAGUUUUCAGAAGUAUUCGGUUUUACAGCUUUUAACAAAUUUCAAAGUCAAGUGUUCCAUUCCGUUUACAACUCUAACGCCAACGUCUUUAUCGGGGCAGCUAAGGGAACUGGCAAGACAGUUUUAGCCGAGAUUGCUUUGCUCAAUCACUGGCGACAAAACAAAGGGCGUGCAAUUUACAUUAAUCCAAGACAGGAGAAAAUAGACUAUCUAAUACAAAAUUGGACCAAAAGAUUUUCUGGAUUAGCGGGCGGCAAAGAUAUAGACAAAUUGGGUCUAGAGACGACUUUGAACCUCCGUAUUAUCGCUCAGAGCCACUUGAUACUGGCGACACCCGAGCAGUUUGAAGUUGUUUCAAGAAGCUGGAGGCAGAAGAAAAAUCUACAAAACAUCGAUCUUUUGAUCUACGAUGAUGUGCAUGAAAUGUCAAAUGGGUUAGAUGGUGCCACUUACGAAAUAUUAAUCAGUCGUAUGAGCUUCAUAAGCAAUCAGCUUGAUAAUAAAACAAGGAUCGUGGCGUUGGCAUCUUGUAUAGCAAAUGGACGCGAUUUAGGCGAAUGGUUGGGAGUCUCAAAGGGCAACAUCUAUAACUUCUCUCCUCAAGAAAAGGCAGCACCAGUCGAAAUUCAACUAAAUUCAUUUGAUCAACCGCCCAACGUCGCAUACAAUCUGUCGAUGGUCAAAAGCGCAUUUGAAUUUGCCCACGCAAAUGCUACGUCCACCAGUAUAAUAUACCUACCAACAAGAACCUCUUGUUUCAAGGUGGCUGCUGAUAUGGCUAAGUAUGGAGUCGAUCGCGAUUGGAACAUGUCGAAAUUGGAGGAGCAUGGCCCACCCCACCUUUCCAUCCACGCCACUCAGGAUCCCUUGCUUGAAUCGCCGCUAAGGAUGAGAAUUGGUAUCUUGUACCAGAAUAUGACAAGCAAGGAUAGAAAACUUGUUCUACAGCUUUACUCGCACAAUGAGUUGUCUGUGCUACUUGUUACACGAGACUGUUGUUUCUAUGCUCCAAACUCUAAAUCAGUGAUUAUUCUGGGUACCCAAUAUUAUGAGGGGAAAGAGCAUCGGUACGUUAAUUACACGGCGAACGAGAUUUUAGAGAUGGCGGGAACAGCUCAGGAUAAACACAGUGGAGGCACUUCGAAAGCGUUGAUCCUUACAAACAAAAAUUCGAAGGAUUACUAUAAAAAAUUUCUGCUCGAGUCUGUUCCAGUGGAGAGCUCAUUGUACUUUAGCAUACACGACUUGUUAAUUGCAGAAAUAAGCAGCUCGGUUAUUCGAAGUAAACAAGAUUGCGUUGACUGGCUGGCUUACACGUAUUUCUACCGUCGUCUUCAUGCUAAUCCAAGCUUUUACGGUGUUAAAGAUGUGUCAUCUUACGGCAUCUCAGCCUAUUUAACUGAGCUGGUUGAAGGUACCUUGACCGAUCUUCAAAACUCCUCGGUGAUUGAAAUAGAGGAUAACGAGGGGCUGGAAGACGCUGGUGCGCAGGAAGUCGAGGAAAUGAUAGCACCGCUAACUGGUUGUCUCGUCAGCGCUCAUUACAAUAUAUCCUUUCUGUCUUUGAAUAUGCUUCUGACAUCUCUCUCUGGUGGUGCCACGCAACAAGAUAUUCUAAAGAUCUUAUCGAAGGCAAGUGAAUUCGACUCAAUUCCUCUUAGAGAGGAUGAGAUGUCAGUGGUUCAAAAACUGAACCAGCUCGUUCCUUUCAAAGUUGACGAUAUAAGUGGGGCCAAUUUACUAAAUUCAAAGGUAUAUUUAUUGUUACAGGCCCAUUUUUCAAGACUCAAAUUGACACCGGAAUUAUCAUUCGACCUAGAAGUGGUGUUGGGGAAAUCAGUCUCUCUAAUAAGCGCCAUAGUUGAUAUCUUAUCUGGUGAUGGAAGGCUGAAUGCAAUGACCGCCAUGGAUAUUUCACAGAUGAUUACACAGGGGAUGUGGGACACUGAUAGUCCUUUGAAACAAAUUCCUUUCUUCAGCGGUGAGAUAUUGGCCAAGUGUGCCAACAAAAAUGUAGAGACUGUCUAUGAUAUAAUGGCUCUGGAGGAUGAGGAACGAGAAGGUAUAAUGCCCUCUGACGAAAGUGAGGUUUUCGAAAUCGCUAAUUUUGUCAAUAACUAUCCUAAUAUUGAACUAGAGUAUCGUAUCGAGCAGACUGGGACAUUCAAGGCAGGCGAGCGAACGACAAUAAACGUCACCUUAACAAGAGAUGAAAUGCCAGAAACGCUGGUUGUAAACUCCAAAAAAUUACCCUUUGAAAGAUUGGAAAGCUGGUGGGUAGUUGUGGGUGAAGUUGCUACAAAACAGUUGCAUGCAAUCAAGAAAGUGUCUCUGCGCCGUGAUGUACAAACUUUUGACCUAGAAUUUACUCCAGAGAAAGGCGACCAUCGAUUAACAGUUUGGUGUGUGUGCAACUCUUAUCUGGAUGCAGAUAAGGAAGUUUCUUUCAGUUUAAAUGUCGAAUGA